AAUCCCCACAUUUCAUGCUUUACUUGAUCAAAAAACCAUCACAGCUCAUGUUGAUGAAACUAUCAAAUUAGUGUGAAACAAAAAUCAAUAAAAAUUUCCUAAAAAAGAAGUUUUUUUUGGAUCCAAAACCCGAAAACAUUGGAUAAAAUUGAACCCAAAACCUUGCUUCCAUGGAUAAGUUAGGAACGAGUAAAUGGCAUUUGCCAUGGCAGCAAAACAAUUGGGUUCCGCUUUGUUCGCCAUUAAUGGCGGCUUAUCCUUUGAAAAACCAAAAAAAUAAAAUAAAAUAAAAACAGUUAAUCUAUCGUGGAUUCUAUCUGGAGAUAUUGUUUAUCAUUGAUUUUUUGGAUGAGUUCUUUUGGUUUCAUCUUUGGGUCGGUUUCAUUUUUUGGAGACCCACCUGAGCUUCGAUCUUACCCAGAAUCGGAUUUUAGAUCCCCUUCUUUUUCGUUACAUCGACUUAAAAAUUUUCUUCAUUUAGAUUGAACUAAGAAACCCUUUACAUAAUAUAUAUUAUAUAAUAUAAUGUAAUCUAUAUAAAUAUAUAUGUCGGUGUUUAAGGUUUGGGGAGGUGAAAUCCGAAUUCAGGUUGAGAUUUAGAGUGUGGGAUUUUUGGAUUAAUGGGGAUUUGUAUGAGCAGUAAUAAACAGAAGCUGAACCAACUUAAACACGGCCAAUCUCGCAGGAAGAAGAGUCCAGAAAUAAGAACAGAAACGCAGGGAUCAAAUGAAAUCAAAACUCAAACCGUCGUUCCUUUGACACCUGCCAGGGAUGUCAAAGAUCUCCGGCAGAAUCCUGGAUAUGACAAUGUUUGCAUAUUCACAUAUGAGGAGACAAGGUUGGCUACAAACGAAUUCCGGCCGGACCAUAUCAUCGGUGAAGGAGGAUUCGGGGUUGUGUAUAAAGGAGUCAUAGAUGAGAAGGUGAAGCCUGGUUACCCAACUACUGUAGUCGCCGUUAAGGAGCUUAAUCCUGAUGGGUUCCAAGGUGAUAGAGAAUGGCUGGCUGAAGUCAACUAUUUAGGGCAAUUCAGCCAUCCAAAUCUUGUGAAGCUCAUCGGAUACUGUUGUGAAGGUGAUCAUCGAUUGCUUGUCUAUGAAUACAUGGAAAGUGGAAGCCUCGAAAGACAUCUUUUUCGAAGAACCGAUUGUAGUUUGACUUGGUCGAAAAGAAUGAGGAUUGCUUUAGGUGCGGCAAAAGGGCUUGCUUUCCUUCAUGGUGCUGGAAGACCUGUCAUAUACCGAGACUUCAAGUCGUCCAACGUCUUGCUCGAUGCAGACUUUAAUGCAAAGUUGUCUGACUUUGGACUCGCAAAGGAUGGGCCAAUGGGAGACCAAACCCAUGUUUCAACACGAGUGAUGGGAACACAUGGUUAUGCUGCUCCUGAAUAUGUUAUGACUGGCCAUUUAACAGCAAGGAGCGAUGUCUACGGGUUCGGAGUAGUAUUACUAGAGUUGCUGAUCGGACGAAGAGUGAUGGAUAAGGGAAAGCUGGGCCCAGAGCGUAACCUAGUCGAGUGGGCUCGACCACUCUUGAACCAUAAAAAGAAGCUUAUAAAGAUCCUAGACCCUAAAAUGGAAGGACAAUUCUCACCUAGAUCUGCACUGAAAGUAGCCCAUUUGGCCUACCUAUGCCUUAGUGAAAACCCAAAAGGACGACCUCUAAUGAGCCAAGUGGUCGAAUGUCUCGAGACGAUUCAGGUAAAAGAUAUUAACCAAGAGGAGGCAUUGCUUCUCAAAGGGUCUCGCCACGGCGUUGGAACCGUAAAUGAACUUCCCCGUAAGUCCCCCAGGACAACUACGAGAAAGAGAAAUCCUAAUAGAAGUGAAAGUUACAAAGAUGGAUGCAAACAUAGAAACGAACCUGGAAAAGGGAGAAGCCAAAGUGAACCGCCAACAAAGGUUCAUCUUUCCGAGCCAUCGAGUUCUGAAGCCGAAGAUAAGGUAGAAAAUGUAGCGGAAGUGUCUAGCAAAAGAAUUACCUGAGAGCUGCCAUUUUCACUUGCAGUGGAAUAUAUUUGAGCUGCUUCUCUAAUAGUGCCUGGAUCUUUGCCCAUUUGUCCUUACCAUUUUGGAAAUGGUGGGGAAGAUUGGUCAGCAAGUAUUGGUCUCAAAUGGUAGGUCAAUUUGUGCUGGCAUGGCUGCUGCACUUUGUAAGUUUUGCUUCCCAACGUUUCUUCACUUGAAUUAAAUGAUAAAUUUAUAAUUUAAGCAAACCAAA